ACAGAGAUGGAGUUUUGUGACCCUCCACACAUCCUGUGCACUAGCUACCAGUCAGACAUGCAUGCGGUUUCCCAGCACAGCUAUCCAAUAGAAAUGGGUUCAGAUGUGGAUACUGAGACGGAAGGAGGAGCCUCUCCGGAUCAGGCCUUGAGAAUGUGGGUGUCGGGGAUGAAAUCGGAACACAGCUCCUGCUUGUCGAGCCGUGCAAACUCCGCCCUCUCGCUCACUGACACGGACCACGAGCGGAAGUCUGAUGGAGAGAACGAAAUGCCGGGAAGUCCACGGAACCAGUUUACCUUCAGACCCCUGCCGCCACCGCCGCCGCCGCCCCACGCCUGCACCUGCACCAGGAAGCCGCUCUCCACAACCGACUCUCUCCAAGGAAGGUCCAUGACAUCCCGCAGCCAGCCGAGCCCAGGGGCUCCACUCCCACCCACCAGCACCCAGGAUUCAGUGCAUCUCCAUAACAGUUGGGUCUUGAACAGUAAUAUACCGCUGGAGACCAGAAGUCAGUGGGGGAUUUGCUGGCCCUCGGCUGUGGAAAUGGCUUCCACCAGAAAUCAGGAGGACCAUGUCUCUUCCCUCGUGCCAAGUGAAAUGCACUUCUUAUUUAAACAUGGAUCGGGUUCUUCAGCUAUCUUCAGUGCAGCCAGUCAGAACUACCCCUUGACUUCCAAUACUGUUUACUCACCACCUCCUAGGCCACUUCCUAGAAGUACUUUUCCUAGGCCGGCUUUCUCUUUUAACAAACCGUAUAGAUGCUGCAACUGGAAAUGUACCGCGUUGAGUGCGACGGCGAUCACAGUCACCCUGGCCUUGUUGCUUGCCUAUGUCAUUGCAGUGCAUCUGUUUGGUCUCACGUGGCAACUGCAGCCCGUGGAAGGCCAGCUUUACGAGAAUGGCGUCAGCAAAGGAAGUCGGGGCCCAGAAUCUGUGGACACGACGUACUCACCCAUCGGAGGGAAAGUUUCAGACAAAACGGAAAGGAAAGAAAUAGUGUUUCAGAAAGGACAGGCAAUAGAUACGGGGGAGGUUGAAAUCGGAGACCAGGUGAUGCAGACGAUUCCUCCGGGCCUCUUCUGGCGUUUCCAGAUCAUGAUCCAUCAUCCAAUGUACCUGAAAUUUAACGUUUCACUGGCAAAGGACUCCCUGCUGGGGAUUUAUGGCAGACGUAAUAUUCCUCCCACUCAUACACAGUUUGAUUUUGUAAAACUAAUGGACGGGAAACAAUUAAUUAAGCAGGAAUCAAAACAUUCUGAGGAAUAUCAGCAUGUGCCCAGGAACCUGAUCUUAAUGUCCAUGCAAGAGACUGGUUUCAUAGAAUUUAUGGAUCAAGGCGCUUGGCACAUGGCCUUUUACAAUGACGGGAAGAAAAUGGAGCAGGUGCUUAUGCUGACCACAGCGAUCGAAAUCAUGGGUGAUUGUUCCACCAACUGCAACGGAAACGGAGAAUGCAUCUCCGGUCAUUGCCAUUGUUUCCCAGGAUUCCUUGGCCCUGAUUGUGCUCGAGAUUCCUGUCCCGUGUUAUGCAGUGGGAAUGGAGAAUACGAGAAAGGCCACUGUGUGUGCCGCAAUGGGUGGAAGGGCCCUGAGUGUGACGUUCCGGAGGAGCAGUGCAUUGACCCCACCUGCUUCGGCCACGGGACUUGCAUUAUGGGAAUAUGCAUCUGCGUCCCUGGAUAUAAAGGAGAAAUAUGCGAGGAAGAGGAUUGUUUAGACCCCAUGUGCUCUGGCCACGGAGUCUGUGUUCAAGGCGAAUGCCACUGUUCCAUGGGCUGGGGCGGAGUCAACUGUGAAACAUCCCUUCCUGUCUGCCAAGAACAGUGUUCAGGCCAUGGCACUUUUCUUUUGGAUACUGGGGUGUGUAACUGUGACCCAAAGUGGACAGGUGCUGACUGCUCAACAGAGCUGUGCACGUUGGAUUGUGGCAGCCAUGGCGUCUGUGCGAGAGGAGUGUGUCAGUGCGAAGAAGGCUGGGUCGGCCCAGCAUGCGAGGAACGUACGUGUAAUUCUCACUGUGUGGAACACGGACAGUGCAAAGAUGGAAAAUGUGAAUGCAGCCCUGGAUGGGAAGGAGACCACUGCACCAUUGAUGGCUGCCCAGGUCUAUGUUAUGGCAAUGGACGGUGCACCCUCGACCAGAACGGAUGGCAUUGUGUCUGCCAGGUGGGCUGGAGCGGAACGGGAUGCAAUGUGAUCAUGGAGAUGAUGUGUGGAGAUAACGUGGACAAUGAUGGAGAUGGCUUGAUAGACUGUGUAGACCCGGAUUGCUGUCAGCAGAACAGCUGCUUCUCCAGCCCGCUCUGCCAAGGGUCCCCAGAUCCCCUGGACCUCAUUCAACAAAGCCAGCCUCCGUUCUCGCAGCAUCCUCCGCGACUCUUCUAUGACAGGAUCAAAUUUCUCACUGGGAAGGAAAGCACUCAUGUCAUCCGAGGAGAUGUCUCAUUUGAGAGCAGGCGCGCUUGUGUGAUUCGGGGCCAAGUGGUAGCCAUAGACGGAACCCCUCUCGUCGGGGUGAACGUGAGUUUCCAGCAUCACAGUGACUACGGUUACACCAUCAGUCGACAGGACGGAAGUUUUGACCUAGUGGCCAUUGGAGGCAUCUCAGUCACUCUGGUCUUUGACCGAUCUCCUUUUCUUUCUGUGAGGAGGACACUCUGGCUGGCCUGGAACAGGUUUAUCGUGGUAGACAAAGUAGUCAUGCAGAGGACGGAGGUCGAGCCGCCUUCUUGUGACAUCAGUAGCUUUAUCAGCCCAAAUCCAGUUGUUCUUCCUUUUCCUCUGACGUCCUUUGGAGGAUCAUGUCCGGAAAGGGGAACAAUCAUCCCAGAGCUACAGGUGGUCCAGGAGGAAAUACCCAUCCCUUCCAGCUUCGUGAAGCUCAGUUAUUUGAGCAGCCGAACAUCUGGGUAUAAAACUUUGCUGCGCAUUAUCCUGACACAUGCCGUCAUUCCCCCUGGCAUGAUCAAAGUCCAUCUUGUGGUGACGGUCGAAGGGCGGCUGGCUCAGAAAACGUUCCCGGCCGCCGCCAACCUGGUCUAUACCUUCGCUUGGAAUAAGACGGAUAUUUACGGCCAAAAAGUGUCUGGUUUAGCAGAAGCAAUGGUGUCAGUAGGUUAUGAGUACGAUACUUGCCCUGAUUUGAUUCUGUGGGAAAAGAGGACUGCCAUUCUGCAAGGAUUUGAGCUGGAUGCUUCUAAUCUGGGAGGCUGGUCUCUCGACAAGCACCACAUUUUGAAUAUACAGAGUGGUAUUGUACAUAAAGGAAACGGAGAGAACAUCUUCAUUUCCCAGCAGCCACCAAUCAUCUCGACCGUCAUGGGCAAUGGCCACCAGAGAAGCAUUUCCUGCACCAACUGCAACGGCCCGUCUCAUGGCAGCAAACUCUUCGCACCUGUUGCCAUGGCUUCUGGGACCGAUGGCAGCAUCUAUAUCGGAGACUUCAACUUUGUCCGGAGGCUCCUUCCUUCAGGAAACUGCGUCAGCAUCCUGGAACUCAGGAACAGAGACACGAGGCACAGCACUAGUCCAGCUCACAAAUAUUACUUGGCCAUGGAUCCAGUCACGGAAUCCCUGUACCUGUCAGAUACAAAUACCAGAAGGGUUUACAAAGUGAAAUUGCUCAGCGAAAUGAAGGAUUUGGCGAAAAACUAUGAGGUGGUGGCAGGCACCGGGGACCAGUGCCUUCCAUUUGACCAGAGCCACUGUGGGGAUGGAGGACGGGCUUCCGAGGCAUCCCUUCAUAGCCCUCGAGGUAUCACUGUAGAUAAGCACGGCUUCAUUUACUUUGUUGACGGAACCAUGAUUCGGAAGAUUGAUGGGAAUGGUAUGAUCACAACCUUAAUAGGCUCAAAUGGCCUCACAUCAACGCAGCCACUGAGCUGUGAUGCUGGGAUGGACAUCACUCAGGUCCGCCUAGAGUGGCCAACAGACCUUGUGGUCAACCCCAUUGACAAUUCCUUGUACGUGCUGGACAAUAACAUUGUGUUGCAAAUUUCUGAAAACAGGCGUGUGCGCAUUAUCGCAGGCCGCCCCAUCCACUGCCAGGUGCCAGGCAUAGACCACGUCCUGGUCAGCAAAGUGGCCAUCCAUUCCACCCUGGAGUCCGCCAGGGCCAUUGGCAUUUCCCACAGCGGAGUGUUGUACAUUGCGGAGACGGAUGAGCGCAAGAUCAAUCGCAUCCAACAAGUCACAACCAAUGGGGAAAUCUCGAUCAUUGCUGGUGCGCCAACAGAUUGCGACUGCAAGAUUGACCCCAAUUGUGACUGCUUCUCAGGCGACGGCGGGUACGCCAAGGAUGCGAAGCUGAAAGCUCCCUCUUCCCUCGCGGUGUCUCCCGACGGGACCUUGUACAUAGCCGACCUCGGCAACAUCCGCAUCCGCGCCAUCAGUCGGAACAAGGCCCAUCUGAAUGACAUGAAUAUGUACGAGAUCGCGUCCCCACCAGACCAGGAACUGUAUCACUUCACCAGCAACGGGACACACGUGCACACGCUCAACCUCAUCACCAGGGACUUCAUGUACAAUUUCACAUACAAUGGGGAAGGUGAUCUUGUAACGGUUACAAACAGCAAUGGGAAUUCGGUUCAUAUCCGCAGAGACGCCAGUGGCUUGCCACUCUGGCUGGUGAUGCCCGGAGGUCAGGUGUACUGGUUGACCAUCAGCAGCAAUGGGAUCCUCAAAAGGGUAUAUGCCCAGGGCUACAACCUAGCCCUGAUGACUUACCCUGGAACCACAGGCCUUCUGGCCACCAAAAGUAACGAGUACGGAUGGACCACAGUAUACGAGUACGACUCUGAUGGGCACUUAACCAAUGCCACGUUUCCAACUGGUGAAGUCAGCAGCUUCCACAGUGACAUUGAAAAACUGAUGAAAGUUGAAAUCAACAUUUCAAAUAAGGAAACUGUGAUCACAGCUACCAACUUUUCUGCCACCUCUACAAUUUACACUUUACAGCAAGACAACACGCAGAACAUCUAUCGGGUCAGUCCGGACGGCUCCCUGAGAGUCACGUUUGCCAGUGGAAUGGAGGUCACGUUGAAUGCCGAGCCCCACAUCCUCGCCGGGGUUGUCAACCCCACUUUAGGGAAAUGCAAUAUCUCUCUACCAGGGGAGCACAACUCCAACCUUAUUGAGUGGAGACAACGGAAAGAGCAGACCAAAGGCAAUCUCUCUGCAUUUGAAAGAAGGCUACGGGCACACAACAGAAACCUACUAUCUAUUGAUUUCGACCACACGACAAGAACAGGGAAGAUCUACGACGAUCAUCGGAAGUUUACUCUGAGGAUCCUCUACGACCAGGCAGGCCGCCCCAUCUUGUGGUCCCCUAUGAACAAAUACAACGAAGUCAACAUCACUUACUCACAUUCGGGAUUAGUGACCUAUAUCCAGAGAGGGACGUGGACUGAGAAAAUGGAGUACGACCCAGGUGGGAAGAUCAUUUCUAGAACAUGGGCUGACGGAAAAAUAUGGAGCUACACGUACCUAGAAAAGUCUGUGAUGCUCCUUCUGCACAGCCAACGCCGUUACAUCUUCGAGUACGACCAGUCUGACUACCUCCUUUCCAUCACCAUGCCAAGCAUGGUGCGCCAUAGCUUUCAGACCAUGCUCUCCGUUGGCUACUAUCGUAAUCUCUAUUCCCCACCGGACAGCAGCGCCUCUUUCAUCCAGGAUUUCACAAGAGACCAACGGCUUCUGCAGACUCUCUACCCGGGAACAGGACGCAGGGUGCUUUACAAAUAUACCAAGCAGUCCAGGCUGUCGGAGAUUCUGUACGAUACCACCCAAGUCUCCUUUACUUACGAAGAGUCGUCUGGUGUUAUUAAAACAAUACAUUUGAUGCACGAUGGGUUUAUUUGCACCAUCAGAUACAGGCAAACAGGUCCACUUAUCAGCCGCCAAAUAUUCCGAUUCAGCGAAGAAGGUCUUGUGAACGCCCGGUUUGACUACAGUUACAACAACUUCCGAGUCACCAGCAUGCAGGCCAUGAUCAACGAAACACCCCUCCCCAUUGACCUGUAUCGCUACGUGGACGUGUCGGGGAAAACGGAACAGUUUGGGAAAUUCAGCGUCAUCAAUUAUGAUCUGAAUCAAGUGAUAACCACCACAGUGAUGAAGCAUACGAAGAUUUUCAGUGCCAAUGGGCAAGUGAUUGAAGUCCAGUAUGAAAUCCUGAAGUCCAUAGCUUACUGGAUGACCAUUCAGUAUGACAAUAUGGGCCGCAUGGUGAUUUGUGACAUCAGAGUGGGCGUAGAUGCCAACAUCACAAGGUAUUUUUGUGAAUACGAUGCUGACGGCCAACUUCAGACAGUCUCGGUGAAUGAUAAAACUCAGUGGCGUUAUAGCUAUGACCUCAACGGCAACAUUAAUCUGCUCAGCCAUGGCAACAGUGCGCGGCUUACCCCUCUAAGGUACGAUCUGAGAGAUCGCAUCACAAGACUGGGAGACAUCCAGUACAAAAUGGAUGAAGAUGGCUUCCUUAAACAAAGAGGAAAUGACAUAUUUGAGUACAGUUCAAACGGCUUCCUGAGCAGAGCUUAUAACAGGGUUGCUGGUUGGACGAUCCAGUAUUGCUACGACGGGCUAGGGCGACGGGUGGCCAGCAAAUCAAAUCUCGGACAGCACCUUCAGUUCUUUUAUGCAGACCUCUCCAAUCCAGUAAGAGUGACUCACCUGUACAAUCAUAGCAGUUCCGAAAUCACAUCCCUGUAUUAUGACCUUCAGGGGCACCUGAUAGCUAUGGAAUUAAGCAGUGGCGAAGAAUAUUACGUUGCCUGCGACAACACGGGCACGCCUCUAGCCAUCUUCAGCAGCCGCGGCCAGGUGAUCAAGGAAAUUCUUUACACACCUUAUGGAGAGAUUUAUCAGGACACCAACCCAGAGUUCGAAGUCAUCAUUGGUUUUCAUGGAGGGCUGUACGAGCCGCUCACCAAGCUGGUGCACCUGGGGCAAAGAGAUUAUGACGUCCUUGCUGGACGUUGGACAACGCCAAACCAUCACAUCUGGGAAGAGCUGAAGAAUGCUCCAAAGCCAUUCAAUUUGUAUGCCUUCGAGAAUAACUAUCCCACAGGCAAAAUCCAAGAUGUGGCUAAAUAUACGACAGAUAUUGGUAGCUGGCUCGAACUGUUUGGGUUUCAGCUCCACAAUGUACUUCCUGGAUUCCCAAAACCCGAGAUUGAUACUUUUCAGACAACAUAUGAACUUGUUCAGCUUCAAACCAAGACUCAAGAAUGGGACCCAGGAAAGACUAUACUUGGCAUACAGUGCGAACUUCAAAAGCAACUCAGAAACUUCAUUUCCUUGGACCAGCUUCCGAUGACCCCCAAAUACAGUGACGGGAGAUGUGUGGAGAGAGCCAAGCAACCCAGAUUUGCUGCUGUUCCCUCCGUGUUUGGGAAAGGCAUCAAGUUUGCCAUCAAAGACGGCCUGGUAACCGCCGAUGUCAUUGGCGUGGCCAACGAAGACAGCCGGCGAAUUGCCGCCAUCCUCAACAACGCUCACUACCUGGAGGACCUGCAUUUUACCAUCGAUGGGCGAGACACGCACUAUUUCAUCAAGCUCGGGUCUUUGGAAGAAGACCUGACACUCAUCGGCAACACCGGGGGGCGGAGGAUUUUGGAGAACGGGGUCAACGUCACCGUGUCUCAGAUGACCUCAGUCAUCAAUGGGAGGACUAGACGGUUUGCCGACAUCCAGCUCCAGCACGGCUUCUUGUGCUUUAACGUCCGCUACGGGACGACGGUAGAGGAAGAGAAGAACCACGUCUUGGAGGUAGCCAGGCUGAGAGCGGUGGCUCAGGCUUGGACUAAGGAACAGAAGCGCCUCCAAGACGGGGAAGAAGGCAUUCGGGCUUGGACAGAGGGGGAAAAACAGCAGCUUCUAAGUACUGGGAAAGUACAGGGCUAUGACGGGUAUUUUGUUUUAUCUGUGGAGCAGUAUCUGGAACUUUCUGACAGUGCCAACAACAUUCACUUUAUGAGACAGAGCGAAAUAGGCAGGAGGUAACAAACAUACACACGAUCUCUGCCUUUGCAUCACCAAAGACUGCCUGUUGUUGUUGUUUUUUUAAAAAAAGAGAAAACCAUUAAGUAAAGAUUUAUUGUAUUGGUUUUUCUAGAUCAGAACUCUGUGUAUAUAUAAAUAUAUAGAAGGAGGGAAAAAAACAUAUCCAACUGCCUUUAAAUGUGACAGAAGAUGGUAUUUUAAUAUAGUUUAUUUAAACUCUCUGGGAGAAGGUAGUGGUUUUUAAGUUGCCAGGACGGCUGCAUUCGAGAUUUGGAAUGCGGCCUUCCCAGGGUUGAUCUCCAUUUGGAAAUGUUUCAUGUGGGCAAAAUACUUAACAGUGCAAUGUUACCCAUGUCUACUUAGAAAUAAGUCCCACUAAGUUCAAUGUGGCUUACUCCCAGGGAAGUAUGUAUAGGGUGGCAGCAUUAGGGCUCGCUUUCUUUCCAUCUUCAGGACACCGUUUAUUAAUUUUGGUAAUUUACAAAGAAGUGGUUGGGGCCAAUGUCUGUUGUCUCUUGAUCUAAUUCAUGACCCAUCACCAACCAUCUUCACAAGCUAUAUUUUCGGAGAGCCUUCUGGAGACAAGGUACACCCGUACAUCAUUUUCCUUCUGUGCCAGCAAAAGAGAGAGAGAGAGAAAAAAAAAAAACAAACCCAGCCUUUUAAAAAUCACAUCUAUUAAUCUAGGAGUUAUGAUGCUAUUACACUGGCAAUCGAUGGCAGAUAAAUAAUGUUUAGUCAUUUUUUAUGGGAUGAAUAGUUUCAUUACAAGGGCAGUGAAAAGCAGUGAACCAAGGUUCAAGUUGCGUCAUCUUGGCUCGGGAAUUUUAGGAGGCAGAGCCCCCACCAAAAUUAACUUUUUUUCCAAGUUCUGGUCAAGAUUUCAGGAACUGAAGCAUUACUUAAUCAUUGUUAAGUGACAUAUUGGAUAAUGACCUCUCAUUUGUCAACUCGGAGUAUAUUGAAUGUAAAGCAUGGGGUGUGUCCUUUUGUCCAGUAUUCCCACUGCAAGUUUACCUUUACGAUGAUCACUGGGUACAGAAAGAAUCACGAUACUGGUCAUAAGAAAUCCGGAGCCCUUGCAGCUGCCGUGUGGGUUGUCAUCACCUUAGCCUCUCUGUAUUUUCCCACAGAUAUAGAAAGCUGUUGUCUGUAAGGAAAAAUUUCCUUGGUUUCCCUGAUCUUACCAUCCUGUGUGUAAAAUGGAAAAAAAACAUCAAAUAAUGUUGUCAUGUUAUGAGCUGUGAUUGGCUAUUGCAAGAGUGGGGAAUAUUUGAUCCUCUAGAUCAGUGGUUCUCAACCUUAGGCCCCCAGAUAUUGUUGGACUACAACUCCCAGAAAUCCUGACCAGCGUGGGUAGUGGGGAUGGCUUCUGGGAGUUGCAGUCCAAGAACAUCUGGGGUUACCAAGACUGGGAACCGCCACUUUAGAUAUUUUGGACUUCAAAGCCCUUGUGAGCAUGUCCAAUUGUAAUGGAUGAUAGGGGUUGUAAUCCAAAGCACGGAGAGGGCAGAACAUGUAUUGCCCUUAGUCUGACAGUUAUAUUGGGGGGCAUUUUUUCAGGAAAAGCUGGAUGCCAAGUCAUAAGCCACAUGGAGUCCUUAUCUGUUCCCACCAAGACCAAACACAGAACGUUGUGAUUCUCUAUUCAAUAUGAAGGUGUCCCCAGCAUGAAGAAGCCAUAACAAACAGCUACAGGAUAGACUUGUUUCAAACUUUGAGGUCCGUUCCUGUGAGAAAAAUAUGGGACGCUGAAAUAUGAGAUGCAGUGGCUGAAUCCUAUGGGCAUUUUGAUACGGAACUGUGUGAUUGUUUCCCCAGAGAUGUACGGUGCAGUUGAGCAGUAUUGACACUGCCAGGGAAAGUGGUUUGUGAUUAGAAAUGGGCACAAACUGGAAAAAUUGGUUUGUGAUUGUUCAUCAUUCAUUGCUGUUCGCGAACUACGAGCCAGAAACCUUCUGACAUAAUGAACUGUUUCAUGCUUUGUGCAGUUUUGGACUUUCAGGAGUGAUAGAACAGCCCCCCCUAUGAGUUAAAGACACCAAACCCACAGCGUGUCUUCAGCUGACGCUCCUUCCCACCCCUUCCAAGUUUGGCAAAAAUUGGAUUUGGGAUGUCUGAAGUAUUCCACCCCCCAAAAAAGCAGGUUCCCCCAAGGACGUGCUGUUUAGCAGCUGGCUAAACAGCACCUUCCUGGGAAGACCUCCUUCAGGGGGGCUAUAACUCUGAUGUUCGAUACCCAAACUUUGCCAAGCUUAGAGGGGGUAGGGAGGAGAGUCAUCCCAAGAGUCAGUCCAAAUUUGGUGAAGAUUGGGUUUGGGAUGUCUAAGUUACUGCCCACGUACCAGUCGCCAAUGGCGAUAGCCAUUCAGCAUUUCAUUCCUGUUCUGGGCAGGCGUGUUUUUCUGAAAUGCUUCAAAACCAACCACGAAAUGGCCCCCAUUCAUGGAGGGCUUUGCUUCCUGGUUCGUUUCGUGCCCAUUUCUAAUUGCUAUGAUUUGGUCAACUCGCAGAUUUUUUCAGCAGUUCAGUGCAUGUAGGUAGGCGUGUUAUUCAUAACAGCUUUCCCCAUCUGGGGAGUGAUGGCCAAGUGGCUCAAACAGUUAUAAAAAAGUAAUUUAGACAAUAUGAAAUAUCAACAGCAACAUCCCUCCGAGCAACCCGAAAUCAUUAGAUAUGAUUACAAAGUGUAGAGUACAUACCAAAGGAUCAGUUUUGGCCCACGUGAUGUGCUGUGAAUUGAUUUUCUUUGGGGCAGAAAUGGACUAGCUGAGGACAGCAGCUCGUGUCUCGAGAGUGUGAUGAGCCUUUUUCAACAAAGCUUGGAAAAGUUACUCUCUUGGACUGUAACUCCCAAGUCCAGUGGCGUUCUGGAAGCUGUAGUCCAAGACAGUAACGUUUCUACCUUCUGCUCCCUUUUGACUUUGCUAUGGGGGGUUAAACUGGAUCUAGGAUAAGCCUACUAAAUCAUGUGUCUGAGACUCCACCACUGCUGUUUCUGUAUCAGUCGGUCUGAUGCAGCGGCCAUUUCCAUGAGGAAGUAGAGGACUUGAAUAUGGGCGUUCAGAUCCUCAAAUAUGCACUUUUCUAACCCACAGAGAAAACACACAUGCAUUGCUGAACAUAUAGGAAAUGCAUUGGUGAUUCCCCAAUCUAAGAUGUCAGCUCUAAUAAUUCUGUUUAUAAAUCUAAGGAACUCCCUACUUUUGUAACCCAAGAAUUAAGGGAUUCUUUUCGGAAGGCUUUAAAAUAUCCGGAAGGAACAAAGAUUUUGAAUCGCUUACUGAAUAUUAUGAAUUUGGAGUGUGCAUUUCUAGUAUGUAAUACAUGUUAUGUUAGCUUUGUGCCUUGAGUUGCUUAUAGUUAUAUUUGUAUUAUAUGCAGAACUGGCACUUUAUAUUGGUGACCACAGAGGGUUUUUUAACGAUGCCUUGAAUGUUGUUUUAUUAUUCAGCCAAAAGCCAAUGAAAUGAAAGGAGCUAUUCCUCCUUUCUGGCAUUGAUCAACAGAAUUGCCCGGGUGUCUGUUUGUGGGCGCUGCUUGGUAUAAAAUAUGAGAUAGAAAAAUAUUAAAUAACUGUGAUGUUAGAGCUUGGUGGCAUAAGGAAAAAAAUGUUUUCAUCAGGUCUGCUUCUGAAAUUCGGGGACGGGGGGGUGGAAUAUGGUAUGUUGUUGUCGUUUACAAAUCAGAAUAUGACCCCACCAAGUUCCGCUUCUGGAAUGACCUAUGUGUUGAUGCAGAUGCAGAGUGUUGGAAUGGAAUUAACCCUUUGAUGACAUAUUUAGGCUACAUUUAGAAUGUGCCUUACUCUGUUGAGUCUAGAGAAGGCUGUGCUUCAUGAGACAAUAUUCAGUCUAAAUAAUCAUCCUGGCUUAUUGGUGUUAUCCCUUCUUUUAGUGAUAAAUACUUUAUCUUUGGGGGGAAAAGUGGAAUCAGAAAGUUGUAACAAGUUUCCAAUAUUUGUCUAAUCCAAACCACCCACUUCCCACAGAUGAAAAACAAAUAUCUGCUACUACAGCAUUCCUCAGAGGCACAUAAUUGGAGCAUUUUCUUAAAAAACCUCUAAGGAAGAGAAGUUGACAACCUUCUGGGGCAGUCUCUUCUUACCCACUGUCCAGAAAACUCAUUUUUGCCAUUUUAAACAACAACUACAGUAGGACACCCCCCCAUCCGCUGGAUCAGCAUCCGUAGAUUCAUGUAUCUGCUGCCUGAAAAUAUUAAAUUAAAAACAGAGAAAUAUGUAUUUAUAUUUAUUUCCACAGUAUGCAUACACCUGAACUAGCCACUAGUGGGAGCCAGAAACAAUACUACAUAUAGCAUUUGUUACUUUCAGGUAGCAAAUGCAGGAAUACAUCCGUGGUCAGGGGGGCUUGGAAACAAAUCCCUAUAGAUACCAUGGCCCUACUGUAUCUCAUUUAACUAUCAAAAAAAUCAAACUAGAAGAUAUGCUUAGCAUGUGGUUAGAAGUGGUGCUCCCUCCAAAGUUAGAACAGUCUGUUUAACCUUGCUGGGGUUUUUUUUUAGUGUCCUUUUGUUUUGUCAUAGGUCAUCAGAAAGUAAACAAGGGCUUCAUGCGCAAGUUUUGUUGUCAAGGAAAUCCUGUCACUGGAGGCAAAGUGAGGUAACCAUAGAUGAUAGACAGUUCCUUCGCUAUCUAAUUAGACUCAGAGCCAAUCACUGUGGAUUUGUGUGGCAAUCUCUAUUCCUUUGUUUCCCAACUUUCUAGUACAGCAGUGGUGGGUUAGUUAUAUAAAUAUGCCAGUCAAAGCAGAGGACAUAGCAUUCAGAUACUACGUGUGGGGAUAUUUUUUGUGUUUGCAGGUUACAGUGGACCAUCUUCCAUUGCACAAAAUAAAGCAAUUAAGAUCAGGGCUAUAACUGGAAUUAAGCACCGGGGCUUUGCCUCGGGGCAAAAUUUAGAUGGAAACAAAAUCUAGAGGUGAAGCUGCUGGUGUAUGUUAAGAGAACAAACUGCCGUACCCCCUGUCCUUUUCUCCAUUUUCCUAUGAUCUGGAAUAGAGAUGGGCACGAUCCAGAAAAAUUACGAACCGCCGUCGGUUCAACCAACUCCGAACCCUGGAAUCAUGGGCCAGUCUGCCGUUCGUUUUUCAGGUUCAUGCCUGGGAGGAGGGGGAUCUAACGCCUUCUAGGAACAGGGCUUGCUGUCUUGGAAGAUGGCAACUGAGGAGGAGGAAGAGGAGGAAGCAGGAGGACCCAGUAGAGAGGAGAUGGGGCAGCAGGGAGGGCGAGCCUCCAAUUUGCCGAAACAAAAUGAAGCACUGAGCAGAAAAAAAAGUUCAGCACUUUGUUUCGGUUUUGGCAAAACCGCUUGCACGAACUGAAUCACGAACCAGCCUGAUUCGUGGUUCGUAGUUCGGUUCGUGCCCAUCUGUAAUCUAGAAGCAUAGGCUUUCUCUUCCUCCUUUGGGGUGGGGUCGCGCACUCUCUCUCCCCCUUUUCUUUGGAAGUUGGCAGCUAUACAUCCGAGGCAAGGGGAUGGGAGACAGUGCUGAUUGCCCCAGCAGCCAGAAAUGCUAGUUAAAGGUCUCUGAUCACAUAAAAGAAAACACCGUUAUUUUCUCCUGCUUUUUAUGUAUCUGGAGAACACAGGGGAUAGAGGCACAAGUAGCUCAAGUGACAAAACAAUUUUAAUCAAGGGGAAAAAAAAGAGUUCCUGAAAGCAUGGCCCGUUAACACCCAGCAGGAAUGCGGCCACAACGAACACAGAAGUUCCACAGUUAUUUGAGGGCGAGGGGGUUGAAGACAUCUUGAAUUAAAUCUAUAGAAUUUAAAAGGCAAAUGUUACUUCAGCGGUUACUCGGGCUUACCUUUGUUGCAGAGUUCUGAAUUUUGGUUAAAUUUUUCUGGCUGUGUAGCAGAAAUGCAGGGAUUCACACAGCAGAAUAGUUUCAAGUUCCCCCAGAGUAGUCCACCCCUUUUUCUCAUUAACUGGUAAUUUUGGCAUCAAUAGCUCACUCAGAGACCUUAGUGAGAGAAAGAAUAAAUGCCAUUUUCUUUACUAAACGUUAUGAACAGAUCAAACAGCAAACUGACAAAACAUGGCUGCUCUCAGCAACAAGCCUCCAACGACUGGCUCCUCACCAGAAGAAAGGAGGAGGGAAAGGCUCUUAACAGAGAAGGAUGGCUCAUUUUUAAUUCAGAGCCAGAGAAGGAACAAUUGGUUAGUGCUGUUAGUCACUGAUAGUCACCCCAGACCGGAAAGGUCCCUCCCAGCCACAGCUACUAUAAGCAGCAUGUGAGAUUGCAAUUGCUCCAACACAUUCUACUUGAAAUUAAGGAUGUACUGGCCUGAAUCCUGUUACAUACUGUAUUUCUGCCAGUGUUAACUCCAUUGCAGACACUCCAUUAUUGUAAACUGUCAUAAGUAAAGAAGUUUAUAUGGGUAUUUGUUAUUGCAUACUGAAUCACUAAUCAUACUAAACCCUAACAGGAUUCUAGCCAACGAACCCACACAGAUUUUUUUCUCUCCUUGACACGACACCCUGUUGGAAAAGUAGUCCA